AUGACUGAGAUAAACGGUCGUCCCGCCGCUAACGGCAGCCGGACUGUGCCCGUCUCUAACGGCAAGGCGUCUUAUGCCGAAAAGCACAAGAUUGCCGACCACUUCAUCGGCGGCAACAAGCUCGCGAAUGCCCCGCCGUCCAAGGUCAAAGACUUCGUGGCCAACCACGACGGUCACACUGUCAUUACAAACGUCCUGAUUGCCAACAACGGUAUCGCCGCCGUCAAGGAGAUCAGAUCAGUACGGAAAUGGGCGUACGAGACGUUUGGCGAUGAGCGGGCGAUCCAGUUCACCGUCAUGGCCACCCCCGAAGAUCUCGCGGCCAACGCCGAUUACAUCAGAAUGGCCGACCACUAUGUCGAGGUGCCCGGUGGCACCAACAACCACAACUAUGCCAACGUCGAGCUCAUUGUCGAUGUUGCCGAGCGUAUGAACGUCCACGCCGUGUGGGCCGGAUGGGGUCACGCUUCCGAGAACCCGAAGCUGCCAGAGUCACUGGCAGCUUCGCCAAAGAAGAUUGUCUUCAUCGGUCCUCCCGGAUCUGCCAUGCGUUCGCUUGGUGACAAGAUUUCCUCCACAAUCGUCGCCCAGAGCGCCGAGGUCCCUUGUAUCCCUUGGUCUGGUACUGGCGUCUCAGAGGUCGAGGUUGACGCCGACGGCAUCGUGACAGUUGCCGAUGAUGUCUACCUCAAGGGCUGCGUGUCCUCCUGGGAGGAGGGCCUGGAGAAGGCCAAGGCCAUUGGCUUCCCUGUCAUGAUCAAGGCCUCCGAGGGUGGUGGUGGCAAGGGUAUCCGCAAGGCCAUGUCCGAGGAUGGCUUCGAGGAGCUCUACCGCGCGGCAGCCAGCGAGAUUCCCGGCUCCCCCAUCUUCAUCAUGAAGCUUGCUGGCAAUGCUCGCCACUUGGAGGUUCAGCUCCUCGCUGAUCAGUACGGCAACAACAUUUCGCUGUUCGGCAGAGAUUGUUCCGUCCAGCGUCGCCACCAGAAGAUCAUUGAGGAGGCGCCUGUCACCAUUGCCAAGCAGCCCACCUUCAAGAAGAUGGAGGAGGCCGCAGUCCGCCUUGGUCAGCUUGUCGGCUACGUUUCGGCUGGUACUGUCGAGUACCUGUACUCGUACGACGACGACGAGUUCUACUUCCUCGAGCUCAACCCUCGUCUUCAAGUCGAGCAUCCUACCACCGAAAUGGUCAGCGGUGUCAACUUGCCCGUUGCUCAGCUCCAGGUUGCCAUGGGUAUCCCUCUGCACCGCAUCAGCGAUAUCCGUCUGCUCUACGGAGUCGACCCCAAGCUGUCGACUGAGAUUGACUUCAACUUCAAGAAUCCCGACAGCGACAAGGUCCAGCGCCGCCCCAGCCCCAAGGGUCACUGCACUGCGUGCCGUAUCACCUCUGAGGAUCCCGGUGAGGGAUUCAAGCCUUCCAAUGGUGUCAUGCACGACCUCAACUUUAGAUCCAGUGCCAACGUCUGGGGUUACUUCUCCGUCAGUACGGCGUCCAGUAUCCACACCCUUUCCGACUCCCAGUUCGGCCACAUCUUCGCCUACGGCGAGAAUCGCGCGGCGUCCCGCAAGAACAUGGUCGUGGCGCUCAAGGAGCUCAGCAUUCGUGGCGACUUCCGCACCACUGUUGAGUACCUGAUCAAGCUUCUCGAGACUGAGGCUUUCGAGGACAACACAAUCACCACCGGCUGGCUCGACGAGCUCAUCUCGAAGAAGCUGACGGCUGAGAGACCCGACCCCAUGCUUGCUGUCGUGUGCGGUGCUACUACCAAGGCACACAUUGCCAGCGAGGCCUGCAUUGCCGAGUACCGUGCUGGCCUUGAGCGUGGUCAGAUCCCCGCCAAGGAUGUUCUGAAGACCGUCUUCACGAUCGACUUCAUCUACGAGGGUACCCGCUACAGGUUCACGGUCUCGCGCGCUAGUCCCAGCAGCUACCACCUCUUUAUCAACGGCUCCAAGGUGCUCGUGGGUGUCCGUGCCCUCAGUGACGGUGGUCUCCUGAUCCUGCUUGAUGGCCGCAGUCACAGCGUGUACUGGAGUGAAGAGGUCAGCGCGACCCGUAUCUCCGUCGACAGCAAGACUUGCUUGCUUGAGCAGGAGAACGACCCGACUCAGCUGCGCACUGCCAGUCCCGGUAAGCUGGUCAAGUACACGGUCGAGAACGGCGAGCAUAUCAAGGCUGGCCAGACCUACGCUGAGGUCGAGGUCAUGAAGAUGUUCAUGCCUCUCAUCGCUCAGGAGGAUGGCAUCGUCCAGCUCAUCAAGCAGCCCGGAGCCACCAUCGAGGCUGGUGAUAUCCUCGGUAUCCUCGCCCUGGACGACCCGUCUCGCGUCAAGCAGGCCGCUCCCUUCCUCGGCCAGCUGCCCGAGUACGGCCCGCCUCAGGUCAUUGGCAGCAAGCCCAACCAGCGUUUUGCGCUGAUCAAUGGCACGCUGAACAACAUCCUCCUUGGUUACGAUAACUCGGUCGUCAUGCAGGACUACCUCCGCGAGUACAUCGAGAUCCUGCGAAGCCCGGAGCUGCCGUACAGCGAGUGGAACGCUCAGGUAUCCGCCCUGCACUCCCGCAUGCCCCAGAAGCUUGACACUCUGUUCACGCAGGUCGUUGAGCGUGCUGCUUCGCGCCACACCGAGUUCCCAGCCAAGCAGCUCUCGCGCACUCUCCAGAAGUUCCUCGAGGAGAACACGACUGCCGCCGAAGCCAACACGCUUAGGGACACAAUCAAGCCCUUGGUUGAGAUCCUUGACUCGUACUCUGAGGGUCAGAAGGUGCACGAGCUCAAGCUCGUUGCGGGACUCAUCGACACCUACGCCGAUGUCGAGUUGCUCUUCUCUGGUUCUCGCAACCAAGACGAGGAGGUCAUCCUGAAGCUGCGUGACCAGAACCGUGAGGACUACCCCAAGAUUGUCCAGACUGUUCUCUCUCACGUCCGCGUUGGCUCCAAGAACAACCUCAUCCUCUCGCUGCUCGACCUCUACCGUCCUAACAAGCCUAGCGUUGGCAAUGUGAGCAAGUACCUGAGAGGCGCUCUCCGCAAGCUCACCGAGCUCGAGUCUCGCGAGACUGCCAAGGUUUCUCUGAAGGCCCGCGAGUUCCUGAUCCAGUGCGCUAUGCCCUCGCUCGAGGAGCGUACCGCGCAGAUGGAGCACAUCCUCCGCUCCUCAGUCGUCGAGAACAAGUAUGGCGAGACUGGCUGGGAACACCGAGAGCCGAGCUUGGAUGUCAUCAAGGAGGUCGUCGACUCCAAGUAUACGGUAUUCGAUGUCUUGACUUCCUUCUUCAGCCAUGACGACCCUUGGGUCUCCAUGGCCGCUCUUGAGGUCUACGUUCGUCGCGCGUAUCGUGCCUAUGACCUCCAGGGUGUCCAGUACCACGCUGACGAGACCGAUACCAACCCCUCUUUCAUGUCCUGGGACUUUGCUCUGGGCAAGAUGGGCCAGACCGAGUACGGUAUCCCCACUCAGUCCACGAACCCCUCGGUGCCCGGCACCCCGACUCAGGAGUUUGGCUUCAACCGCAUCAACUCCGUGAGCGACAUGUCGUACAUCAAGUCCAAGACCGGCCAGGAGCCCACCCGGAAGGGUGUGAUCGUCCCUGCACGCUUCCUUGACGAGGCUGAGGAGCUUCUCCAGAAGGCACUUGACGUGCUGCCGAAGAGUGCCAAGCGCACCCCAAGCGCUCUCCCUGACCUGACUGGCAAGCGCAAGUCGUUUGCUCCCAAGGCUGCGGAAGACGAGCUCGCACACGUUGUACACAUUGCCAUCUGCGACUCGGAGCACCGUUCUGACCAGGAGAACUUGGACCGUAUUCGUGGCAUCAUUGCCAAUUUCAAGGAAGACUUGCUUGCGCACCGCGUGCGCCGCGUCACCUUCAUCUGUGGCCACACCGAUGGUAGCUACCCUGGCUACUACACCUUCCGUGGCCCCGAGUACGAGGAGAACGACACUCUCCGUCACAUGGAGCCCGCUCUUGCCUUCCAGCUCGAGCUUAGCCGCCUGUCCAAGUUCAAGAUCACCCCUGUCUUCACCGAGAACAAGAAUAUUCACAUGUACGAGGCUGUGGGCAAGGGUGUCGAGACUGACAAGCGCUUCUUCACUCGUGCUGCCAUCAGACCUGGCCGCCUUCGGGAUGACAUUCCCACUGCGGAGUACCUGAUCUCUGAGGCUGACCGGGUCAUCAACGACAUUUUCGACGCGCUCGAGAUUCUCGGCAACAACAACUCCGAUUUGAACCACUUGUUCCUCAACUUUACUCCCGUGUUCCAGCUCAAGCCUGAAGAGGUUGAGGCCUCCCUCGGAGGUUUCCUUGAACGCUUCGGCCCUCGUGGCUGGCGCCUGCGUGUCUCGCAGGUUGAGAUCCGCAUCGUCUGCACUGACCCUGUCAGUGGCAACCCCAUGCCCAUGCGUGUCAUCAUCACGAACACGUCUGGUUAUGUCAUCCAGGUCGAGAUCUACUCGGAGCGCAAGUCCGAGAAGGGUGAGAUGGUCUUCCAGUCUAUUGGUGGCACCACUAAGAUCGGCUCUAUGCACCUGAUGCCCGUCAACUCGCCCUACCCGACCAAGAACUGGCUGCAGCCCAAGCGCUACAAGGCUCACCUCAUGGGUACUCAAUACGUGUACGACUUCCCAGAGCUGUUCCGCCAGGCCAUCCAGAACAGCUGGACCAAGGUUGUCAAGUCGCACCCCGGCCUGGCUGACAAGCAGCCUGCCACUGGCGAGUGCAUCACCUUCAACGAGCUUGUCCUGGAUGACCAGGACAAGCUGGCCGAGGUUGCUCGCGACCCUGGCAACAACACCUGUGGCAUGGUUGGUUGGGUCAUCAAGGCUCGCACUCCCGAGUACCCCUCAGGCCGCCGUUUCAUCAUUGUUGCCAACGAUAUCACCUACAAGAUUGGUUCCUUCGGCCCCAAGGAGGACCACUUCUUCAACAAGUGCACCGAGCUUGCCCGCGCCCUUGGCAUCCCUCGCAUUUACCUCUCUGCCAACUCCGGUGCACGCCUGGGUCUUGCUGAGGAGCUGAUCCCCCACUUCAAGGUUGCCUGGAACGACGACGCUGAGCAGAGCCGUGGCUUCCGCUACCUCUACCUGGACGAGGAGGCCAAGAAGCAGUUCAAUGGCGAUGUCAUUACUGAGGAGAUCACCGACAACGGCGAGAAGCGCCACAAGAUCAACGCCAUCGUUGGUGCCGAGGAUGGUCUGGGUGUCGAGUGUUUGAAGGGUUCUGGUCUCAUUGCUGGUGCCACCAGCCGAGCCUACCAGGAUAUCUUCACUUGCACACUCAUCACCUGUCGCUCAGUCGGUAUCGGCGCGUACCUUGUCCGUCUUGGCCAGCGUGCCGUGCAGAUUGAGGGACAGCCCAUCAUUCUCACUGGUGCCGGUGCCCUGAACAAUGUCCUCGGUCGCGAGGUGUACACUUCCAACCUGCAGCUGGGUGGCACUCAGAUCAUGUACCGCAACGGUGUCUCGCACAUGACUGCCAACGACGAUUUCGCUGGUGUUUGCAAGAUUGUCGAGUGGCUGUCUUUUGUCCCUGCCUCGCGCGGUCUCCCCGUUCCCAUUGCCCCUACCACUGACUCCUGGGACCGUGAGAUCAUCUACACGCCCCCGAACAAGCAGCCCUUCGAUGUCAGAUGGCUCAUUGAUGGCAAGCAGGAUGAGUCUGGCUUCGAGUCUGGUCUGUUUGACAAGGGAUCUUUCGUCGAGACUCUUGGCGGCUGGGCCCGCACUGUCGUUGUCGGGCGUGCUCGCCUCGGCGGUAUCCCCAUGGGUGUCAUUGCGGUCGAGUCGCGCACCGUUGAGAACGUCACGCCUGCCGACCCUGCCAACCCCGACUCCGUCGAGCAGGUGACCAACGAGGCUGGUGGUGUUUGGUAUCCCAACUCCGCUUUCAAGACUGCCCAGGCCAUCAACGACUUCAACAAUGGUGAGCAGCUUCCGCUGAUGAUCCUCGCCAACUGGAGAGGUUUCUCUGGUGGCCAGCGCGACAUGUACAACGAGGUGCUCAAGUACGGUUCGUACAUUGUCGACGCCCUCGUCAAGUACGAGCAGCCCAUCUUCGUCUACAUUCCUCCCUUUGGCGAGCUUCGUGGUGGUUCUUGGGUCGUCGUCGAUCCCACCAUCAACCCCACCGCUAUGGAGAUGUACGCCGAUGUCGACUCUCGUGGUGGUGUCCUCGAGCCCGAGGGUAUCGUCGGUAUCAAGUACAAGAAGGACAAGCAACUUGAGACCAUGGCCCGCCUUGACCCCGCAUACGGCGCUCUCCGCAAGCAGGCCGCCGACAAGAACCUGUCCAAGGACGAGCUUGAGGCGAUCAAGGGCAAGAUGGUUGCUCGCGAGAAGCAGCUUCUGCCCAUCUACAGCCAGAUCAGCAUCCAGUUUGCCGAUCUGCACGACCGUGCUGGUCGCAUGAAGGCCAAGGGCACGAUCCGUGAGAUUAUCGAGUGGAAGAACGCUCGCCGCUUCUUCUACUGGCGCCUGCGCAGACGUCUCAACGAGGAGUACAUCCUCAAGAAGAUGGCCGCCGCCGUCAACAGCACCCCCAAGUCUAGCGCCGAGGACCGGGCUGACCACCUGCGUCACCUCGCCGCCUGGACUGGCAUCUCCGACUUUGCCACCAACGACAAGGCCGUCGUCUCCUGGUACGAGGAGAACGCCAAGCUCAUUGCCGGCAAGGUCGAAUCUGUCAAGGCCAACUCUGUUGCCAACCAGAUGGCCACGCUCAUGCGGGGCGACAAGUCUUCUGCCCUCAAGGGUCUGAAGGAGAUGCUCCACAUGAUGCCUGUUGGCGAGCGCGAGGAGAUUCUCAAGUUCCUCAAGUAA